UGUGGCCUCGCCUUUCCUCAGCCCGCGGGAGGGGACAGAGCCGCAGCCUUAGCCUUAGCCUUGCAGGUGCCCGCGGGAGCCAUGAGCGUGAACGGCGGGUCGCAGCCGCGGCUCAACACGCUGGGCAGGAUGGCGCGGGCCGACUCGGGCACGGACGUGCGCUACGACCUCAGCGCCCACGUGCUGGCCGGCGGCGGCGGCGGGGGGCACACGCACACCCACAAGACCUACUACUACAAGAGCUACGGAGGGGACGUGGCCAUGGACGGAUACGGGCAAAAUGGCACCGGCACAAUGUCCAGACGUCAGAACACCAUUCAGGACCUUUUGCAUAAUUGUUCGGAUUGCCUGAUGCGUGCAGAGCUCAUAGUACAACCUGAAUUGAAAUAUGGAGAUGGAGUUCAGAUUCGAGGAAACCGAGAUCUGGAAGAGUGUCUUGCACAAGCUAAUGACCAAAUGGAUAUCCUCAGUGGACUGAUCCGAGAGCUGAGGGAAAUGGGCCAGCCCUGCGAUAUGUAUCAGAAAAGGCUGCUUCAGCUUCAAGAGCAAAUGCGUGCCCUGUUGAAAGCCAUAAGUGUUCCCCGCACACGGAGGGCCAGCUCCAAGGGCGGUGGCUGCUUUUCCUCUCAGAGUGGCUCAGGCUGGGAUGAGUACACUAGACAUGUUACCAGUGACUGCUUGAACUGGAUGAGACAGCAGAAGGCUCAGAUGGAGUUAGUGACAUGGGGUUUUGAUGCAGCUUCCAUCGAGCAACAAAUUGCUGACCACAGGAGAUUUCACAAUGCCAUUGGAGACUACCGCUGGCACCUGGACAAAGUGAAAACUGAUCUGCGUGAAAAGGCUGCAAUUCAUCAGAUGGAGGAAGAAUUUGAAUGCCUGCUGAAACAAUCCUUUGAGAGAAUGGAUCAACUGCGUCAGUUCCAGAACCUCAUCCAGGCCACUAGCAAAGAAAUCAUGUGGAUCAAUGACUGUGAGGAAGAGGAGCUUCUCUAUGACUGGAGUGACAGGAACACGGAUAUUGCCAGAAAGCAGGAGGCUUUCUCUAAACGCAUGAGCCAGCUGGAGGUGAAAGAAAAAGAACUUAACAAGCUGAAGCAAGAAAGUGACCAACUCGUGCUCAGCCAGCAUCCUGCUUCUGACAAAAUUGAGGCAUACAUGGACACCCUGCAAACUCAAUGGAGUUGGAUUCUCCAAAUCACCAAAUGCAUUGAUGUGCACCUGAAGGAGAACGCAGCCUAUUUCCAAUUUUUUGAGGAGGCCCAGUCCACUGAAUGCUACCUGAAGAACUUGCAGGAUUCCAUCAGAAAGAAGUUCAUCUGUGAUAAGAGUAUGUCCCUCCAAGCCUUGCUGGAACAGAUCAAAGAACUGGAGAAUGAACGGGAAAAAAUUCUUGAAUACAAGAGGCAGGUGCAAGGCCUAGUGAAUAAAUCUAAGAAGAUAGUGCAACUAAAGCCACGCAACCCAGACUACAGGAGCAACAAGACCAUUAUGCUCAAGGCGCUGUGUGACUACAAACAGGAUCUGAAAACAGUGCGCAAAGGAGAUGAGUGCAUAUUAAAGGAUAACAAUGAACGCAGCAAGUGGCUUGUGACUGGCCCAGGAGGAGUGGAUAUGCUAGUGCCAUCUGUCAUUCUCAUUAUUCCCCCCCCAAAUCCAUUGGCUGUGGAUGUUGCUACUAAAAUUGAGCAAUAUUAUGAAGCUAUUCUGGCUCUGUGGAACCAGCUCUAUAUCAACAUGAAGAGCCUGGUGUCUUGGCACUAUUGCAUGAUUGACAUAGAGAAGAUCAGGGCUAUGACAAUUGCCAAGCUGAAAACAAUGCGUAAAGAAGAUUACCAAAAAAUAAUAACUGACCUGGAGAUUCAUUACCAAGAGUUCAUCAGAAACAGCCAAGGCUCAGAGAUGUUUGGUGAUGAAGACAAAAGGAAAAUCCAGACUCAGUUCACUGAUGCCCAGAAACAAUAUCAAACCCUGAUCAUACAAUUGGUACCCGGGCAGCGCCCAUCAAACACAGUGGUAUCGACUGAAACUACCCUAGUAGGUAGUGCACCAAACACAGUUGUGGUUGACAGAAACAAGGAACAAGAGAAGCAAGAAGCAUGGUUGCUGCUGGAACUCCAGAAGCUUCGUCGACAAAUUGAAGCCUGUGAGAUCCGAAUGAUGCAAAGAGGCUCUCUGGUGCUGGAUCAAGGGACUGCCCAUGAUUUUUCAGUCAGAAUAAAGGAUUUGGAGGGAGUACAGAAUGAUUCACAAAUCAUUGCUGAAAACCUCAAUAAGAGUAAGGAUGUCCUGCCUAAUUUCAGAGGCUCUGACAAGUAUGUCUAUUUGCAGUCGGAGAUAAAUGCCUUGUUUCAAAAGCUGGAAAACAUUAAUGGCAUUUCUGCUGGGUAUUUAGACAGCUUGAAUGCACUGAGGUCUCUACUCCAAGUUAUUAUGCAAACGGAAGAUGUGAUCAGAGUUUUUGAAAUCAGACUCAGUGAAGAGGAAACCAUUUCCUUGGAUCUUGAUAAAGCAGAGGCUUACCGAGCCUGUCUAAAGAAAAUGAAAGCAGACCUAAACAUGAAAAAGUCAUUGUUGAAUACCCUGGAAUCUGAGAUGCAGAAAGCACUGCAGUUCCACUCACAGUCCUGCCAGACCUAUGCACUCUAUGACUUGGACUUCGGAAAGUUCACUGACAAAGUCACCCAGCUGAUAGACCGCUGGCAGAGGAUAGACAAACAGAUUGAUAACAGGUCCUGGGAUCUAGAACAACAGGUUAAACAACUGAAAAUGUACCGAGAUUUAUACCAGAUUCUGAAUAAAUGGAUCUGUGAUGCUAAGCACAGACAAGAAUCUAUUGAAUCUUUGAAAUUAGGAGAUUGCAACACUAUCAUGAAAUAUUUGCAUGAGCAGAAGAACUUGCAUAGUGAAAUAACUGGAAAACGGGACAAAGUGGAGGAAGUUCUCAAGCAUGCAGAUCAGUGCUCAGCUGCAAUCAAGGAUUAUGAACUACAGGUUGCUUCUUAUAGCUCAGGAUUGGAAACCUUGCUCAAUAUACCUAUCAAAAAGACUAUGAUUCAGUCUCCCUCAGUGGUCAUUCUGCAAGAGGCUGCAGAAAUUCAGGCUCGCUAUAUAGAACUUCUUACAAGAUCGGGGGAUUACUACAAAUUCUUAAGUGAAAUGUUAAAGAGCAUGGAGGAUUUGAAGAUGAAAAACACCAAAAUAGAUGUCCUGGAAGAAGAGCUAAGACUUGCUAGAGAUGCAAAUUGUGAUAAUAAUAACAAGCAUAAGUUUCUGGAACAAAAUCUGCAGCAGUACCAAUUGGAUUGUUCCCAGCUCAAAGCAAAGCUUUUGAGUCUGGAAGAGUUGAAGAGACAAGCUGAGAUGGAUAGUGGUAAUGUUAAGCAAAACCUGGACAAAUGCUAUGCUCAGAUCAAGGAUCUCAAUGACCGAAUCACCCGACUGACUUACGAGAUCGAGGAUGAGAAAAGGAAAAGGAAAUUGCUAGAGGAUAGAUAUGAGCAGCAGAAGAAUGACUAUGAUCAGUUGCAAAAAGCAAGGCAAAAUGAGAAAGACAGCCUUGGUUGGCAAAAGAUAGAAUCUGAGAAGGUCAUAAAGGAGAAGGAGUACGAGAUAGAAAGGCUAAGGGUUCUUCUCCAGGACGAGGGCACACGGAAGAGGGAAUAUGAAAAUGAGCUGGCUAAGGUAAGGAACCAGUUUAACGAGGAGCUGAGUAAUUUAAAGAACAAGUAUGAAACUGAAAUUACAAUUAAGAAGACCACAAUUCAACAGAUAGCUGCACAGAAAGAUGAGGAUGCAAAAGGUCUCAGAAGCCAGAUGGAUAGGCUGGUGAGGGAAAACCGAGACCUGAAAGAUGAGAUUGUGAGACUCAGUAACAACGUUUUGCAAAUCACAGAUCAGCGAAGGAAGGCAGAAGAGGAAGCUCUUCAGCAGAAAGCCUGUGGUUCUGAAGUGUCACAGCAAAAGCAGCAGCUGGAGCUGGAGCUGAAACAGAUCAUUCAGCUGCGCAAUGACGAUAACUGCCGGUAUAAGCAGGCACUGGAAGAGGCUGCCUCAACCAUCCAGGACAAAACAAAAGAGUUAGAAAAACUAAAGAUUCAGCUGCAAGAAGAGGCUAAGAGCCGAUGGGAACUUGAAAAAGAACUGGCUAAGGUAAGGAACAGUUUUGAUGAGGAAAUUAUUAGUUUAAAGAACAAGUACGAGACAGAAAUUAAUAUCACAAAGACCACGAUUCAUCAGGUUACUUUACAAAAAGACGAGGACACAAAUAAGUAUCGAGCACAACUUGACAAUGUCUCCAGAGAAAAUAGGAAUCUGUGUGAAGAAAUUAGGAGACUGAAAAAUACGUUAACUCAAACAACCGAGAACCUUAGAAAAAUAGAGGAAAAUGCUCACCAGCAGAAAACAGUUGGCUCGGAGCUCUCGCAGAAGAAGCAGCAGCUGGAGAUUGAACUAAAGCAGAUCAUUCAGAGGCACUCUGAAGAGAACCUGCGACACAAGCAAUCGCUUGAUGAUGCUGCAAAAACAAUUCAGGACAAAAACAAAGAGAUUGACAGACUGAGAAAGUUGUUGGAUAUGGAGACAAACCAGAAAAAAGAGAUGGAGGAGGAAAAUAGUCGGUUAAAAAGAGUUCAGUUUGAUCUGCAGAAGGCUAAUGCUACUUCAUCAGAGACCAUCAACAAACUGAGGAUCCAGGAACAGGAGCUGACACGACUGAAAAUUGACUAUGAGAGAAUUUCACAAGAGAAAAAAGGAAAGGAUCAAGAGAGCAUGAAAUUCCAAAGCACCAUGAAAGACUUGCAGCUCCAGAAACAGAAGCUGGAGGAUGAACUCAGCAGGCAGAAAAAAAAUGCAAUGGAUGAGUUAUCAAAAAGGAAGACAUUAGAAGAGGAGUUGGAAAACAUGAGGCGGUCUCUCAGAGAGCAGUCAGUUAAAAUCACCAGCCUCACACAGCAGAUAGAGGAAGUAUCCAUUGUAAGGCAAAGGAAAGAAGAUGACCUUAGGCACCAGAGAGAGGCAUUAGAUGGCCAUGUAAGAGAGAAGCAGAGAUACGUGGAGGAAAUAAGAAAAUAUACAUCAGAGGUUGAAAAUUUACGUCAUCAGUUGGUCCAAGAACAAGAACAAUUGAGACAGGCUCACCUACGAUAUGAGCACUUGCAGAGAGCUUCUGAAGACAAAAGCAAAAGUCUGAAUGAAUGCAAAAUAGAAAUAGAACGACUUCAGUCUCUGACAGAGAAUCUUACUAAGGAACACUUGAUGCUAGAAGAAGAGCUGCGAAACUUAAGAUUGGAAUAUGAUGAACUACGAAGGGCUAGAAGUGAAGUUGAUGAUGAAAAGAGUGCUACUCUUAUUGAACUAAGGAAUCAACUUCAAACAAGCAACACACAAACCCUGGAGCUUCAGGGGAUGAUUAAUGAGUUACAGAAAGAAAGGGAAAAAUUGAGACAGGAAAUUGAAAAAUUCCAAAAGCAAGCUCUAGAGGCAUCCAACAGGAUUCAUGAAUCUAAAAAUCAGUAUAGUCAGAUUAUGCAAGAAAGAGAGACCCUAUUGAUAAAAAUAAGCACUUUGGAACAAGAUAAGGCAAGGCUGAAGAGAUUAGAGGAAGAGCUGAACCGUGCAAAAAUUAGCCUGGAAUCAGAGUCUCGUUUGAAACAACGGCUGGAAAGUGAGAAACACCAGAUCCUGAAUGACCUAAACCAGUGGAAGAGUCAGUAUUCCCGGACAGAAGAGUCCAUUAGAAAGAGUGAGGCUGAGAGAGAAAAGAGUGAGAGGGAGAAGAAUGCCCUGAGGAGUGAAAUUGAAAGGCUACAAAUGGAGAUUAAGAGGCUUGAAGAGAGGUACAGGUGCAGACUGGAGGAGACAGCCCAACAAAGCCAGUUGCAGUGGGAUGCUGAGCGUCUCCAACUGCAAAGGGAAAUUGAAAAACUUCAUCAACGCCCAUAUGGAUCCUGCAGGUCUACACAGACAGAGGAGGACUUUGUCAUUGACCCUUCUAAAUUGUUGUUCAAUGGGCUGCGGAAGAAAAUUACAGCAGUUCAGUUAUACGAAUGUCAACUGAUAGACAAAACCACGCUGGAUAAAUUGCUGAAGGGGCAAAGGUCAGUGGAAGAAGUUGCUGCUGACCUUGAGCCCUACCUGAGAGGAGCAGGUGCUAUUGCUGGAGUCUCUCUUUCUCCAAAGGAGAAGUACUCUCUGGUGGAGGCUGAACGGAAGGAGCUUCUAAUCCCUGAGAACACAGUUCUGCUUCUAGAAGCGCAGGCAGCAACCGGAGGUGUGAUUGACCCACACAGGAAUGAGCUGUUGACCGUGGACAGUGCCAUUGCCAGAGAUCUGAUUGACUUUGAUGACAGAGAACAAAUCUAUACAGCGGAAAAAGCCAUUACGGGGUUUAAAGAUCCAUUCUCUGGAAAGACUGUGCCAGUGUCUGAAGCCAUCAAGAAAAAUCUGAUUGACAGGGAAACAGGCAUUCGCCUGCUUGAAGCCCAGCUGGCUUCAGGAGGCAUUGUUGACCCUGUCAACAGUGUUUUCCUGCCAAAAGAUAUAGCUUUGUCCCGUGGGUUGAUUGACAAAGACCUGUACACAAUCCUGAAUAGCCCUCGAGGCACAGCAAAGAAUUUAAUUGACCCCAUAACCAAGAAGGCAGUCAGUUACACACAGCUAAGGGAAAAAUGCAGGAUUGAACCCCACACUGGUCUACUUCUCCUUCCUGUGCAGAAGAGAAGCUUGUCAUUCCAAGGCAUCAGGCGGCCUGUUAUGCUGGAGGAAUUGGUUGACUGUGGAAUAAUUCCAGAGCCAACAAAAAUAGGCAUUGAGCAAGGAACAAUAGAUCCGGAAACGAUUCGUGAAGAAAUUAAGGAUUUCCUCCGGGGAUCCAGCUGUAUAGCAGGUAUCUACAAUGAGGCCACUAGGGAGAAACUUAGCAUUUAUCAGGCCAUGAAAAUAGGAUUGGUUAGACCAGGUACAGCCCUUGAACUUCUAGAAGCCCAGGCAGCAACUGGUUUCAUAGUGGAUCCUGUCAGCAACAUGAGGCUAACAGUUGAGGAAGCUUACAAAAGAGGUCUUGUUGGCAUUGAAUUCAAAGAAAAACUUCUGUCUGCUGAACGAGCUGUCACUGGUUACAAAGACCCGGAAACAGGAAAUAUCAUCUCCUUGUUCCAGGCGAUGAACAAGGAGCUUAUUGAGAGAGGCCAUGGCAUUCGUUUGCUGGAAGCCCAGAUUGCCACUGGUGGAAUCAUUGACCCCAAAGAGAGCCACCGUCUUCCUGUAGACAUGGCUUACAAGCGUGGCUAUUUCAAUGAAGAGCUCAGUCAGAUUCUCUCUGAUCCAAGUGAUGAUACUAAAGGGUUUUUCGAUCCCAACACAGAAGAAAACCUAACCUACCUGCAACUGACAAAAAGAUGCAUGCUAGACAAAGAAACAGGACUCUGUCUUCUGCCCUUGAAAGAAAAGAAAAAAGUGGUGCAGACUUCACAGAAGAACACGCUUAGGAAGCGGAGGGUUGUCAUUGUAGACCCAGAAACAAACCGUGAGAUGACAGUGCAAGAGGCAUACAAUAAAGGUCUUAUAGAUUAUGAUACCUAUAUGGAACUUGCUGAACAGGAAUGUGAGUGGGAAGAAAUAACCAUAACAGGAUCGGAUGGUAGCACAAGAGUUGUCCUUGUUGACAGGAAAACUGGAAACCAGUAUGACAUUCAAGAUGCUAUUGAUAAAGGUUUGGUUGACAAGAAAUUUCUUGAACAGUACCGUGCUGGAAGUUUAAGCCUUACGCAGUUUGCAGAUAUGAUUUCCUGUCGGAACGGCGGUGAUGACGUAUUCCGACAUGAGUCCAUCAGUAAGUCCCCCACCGUGAUGAGCGUCAGAAGUUCUUCACUGAUAAGGAAUGGUUCACUUUCAGAGGCCCCAGAGGAAUGUAGUCCCAUUGCGGCCAUAUUCGACACUGAAAAUCUGGAGAAAAUCUCCAUUUCAGAAGCUAUGCAACGGGGCAUUGUUGAUAGCAUUACAGGGCAGCGGUUGCUCGAAGCCCAGGCCUGCACUGGUGGCAUUGUAUGCCCUGUCACAGGUCAAAGACUUUCACUUCAGGAGGCAGUUACUCAGCGCAUCAUUGAUCAAGAUAUGGCCACACGGCUCAAGCCAGCUCAGAAAGCCUUCUUAGGGUUUGAAGGUCUAAAUAGCAAGAGAAUGUCAGCAGCAGAGGCAGUUAAGGAAAAAUGGCUGCCUUAUGAGGCUGGUCAGCGCUUCCUUGAAUUCCAGUACCUUACUGGUGGCCUUAUUGACCCCGAAGUGCGUGGAAGAAUAAGAACUGAGGAAGCCAUCAAGAAUGGAUUGAUUGAUGGUCGUACUUCUCAGAAAUUGCAAGACACCAGCAGCUACCCUAAAAUUCUGACCUGCCCUAAGACCAAGCUGAAAAUAUCCUACAGAGAUGCAAUGAAACGGUCUAUGGUGGAAGACAUCACUGGGCUCAGACUGUUGGAAGCUGCUUCUGUUUCAUCCAAAGGUAUAUCCAGCCCUUAUAAUGUCUCCUCUGCACCCGGCUCUCGCUCAGGUUCUCGUUCAGGCUCGCGCAGUGGAUCCAGGAGAGGAAGCUUUGAUGCAGCCACAGGUUCUUCAUACUCUUACUCCUAUUCAACCUUCAGCAGCAGCUCUCUUGGGCGUUCGUAAAAAGUCAGCAAGGGUAUCUCCCUUAAUUUCAUUGUAUACCUUUUACUUUCAAAUAACCAACAGAAACUGGUUUGUGGUCAUAUUAUUUGCUUGGGUGCAAUGACCUAGUUGGAAAAGUCACAUCCACCCCUCUAAAAAGAAAACCUGUAAAGACUUUUCUAGGUGGUCUUAACUUCUCUUCUCUUUUUUAAGCUGUAAUAUGUUUGGGGUGCGGGCUUGUGCAACAAACAUUACAGGAGAGCAAAUGCAACAGUUAUGAGUUUGGGGUCUUUUAAAAAAUGUUUGAAUGUUUAAUUACUCUCUUCCUGUAUAUUAAAUAUGCUAUAGUUUGCUUCUCCCAUUAACCAAAAUUGUCCCCAGAAUUGUAACCUGAUAAUCAAGAUUUGAAUGUUCUUUAAUAGUUCACUGCUUCCCCAGCUAGCUUUUUUUUUACUUUAUUAUUUUAAAAAAAGGGGAGAAAAAUAUUGUGGAGGAAAAAAAAAUCCUUAUCAACAUGUCUUCUGCACUGCAAUAUGAAAAGCCAUAUCCUUUUCAAGAGAUAUUGUACUUAACUAUAGCUGAUUGACUAUUUGCUUAGUUAUAAUAUGGUGCAUAUUUGGGGAUGUUAUAAACAUGUGCUCUUCUUUCACUAUGACCUAAGUAUUUUUUCUGUUAAUUUUGCUUGUAUGUUUUCGAUGUAACAUCAACAGACCUGGCUGCAUCAAAUUUGGCUAUUCUAGGCAAUAAACUUUUGAACUUUUAAA